AUGGAAAUUGAGAGUGGGGUGAAAAUUCUCAGUAAUGUAAAAGUAUGUCCACCGAUUGCUCUGCCUGUUUUGGAAAAUGAAGCCAAAGAUGAUUCUAAUGAUUCUGAUUAUGAAAUUUUUCCUAAUCCAAAAAGAAAACGAAUACAAAGAGAACUUCGGAUAUGCGUGAGUCCAAUUACUAACAAAAAAUUUGCUUUAUUAGAGAACGCUCAUGCCAUCAAUAUUUUAUCUCCGUCUCACUCAUUACACAAAAAGGAUAAUAAUAUAGAAGAACGUGUACAAUAUAGUGCACACAACGACUUUGUACCUCUCAAAGACCUAAGUGUUACAGUGCCGUCUCCAGCUAUACUCUUAACUCCAACUCAAAAACGUAAUAUUAACGUUUCUUCUCAAAUAUCUACCCCAGAUUCAAUAAGUCGUUUUUGCACAUCAAACAGCAGAUGUCCAUCUUUAGACAACAUUUCUUUAAUGCCUUUGACAGAUGAAACUGAAAUUGUGAACACAAAUAAUUUACAAUGCACGAAUUUAAUAGAAACAAAAGAUGUUAAAAGAACUUUUACUUAUAAAUUUGAGGAAGAAAACGAAGACACUGAUAUAAUUGCUAUCCAGAAAAAUAUCUCACAGAAAAGAACUAAUAAUGAUGUAACUUUAAACACUAACAAUAAUAACAUGAUUACGAUAGAAAAUGGAAUAAAAAAUACUACCACAGAAGAAAUGUUAGCUUUGCCGUUGAAUAAUAAGACACCAGAAAAAAGUUUUGAAAUACAAUUAAUGAUAGAAGAAAGAGGUUACAUAUCUGAAUCUGUAAGUGAAGUUUCAUUUAGUACUACUGACGAAGAAAAUUUAUCAUUUGGAAAAAGCUCUUUAUCAUCGUCAGAAGAUAGUGACGAAUUGGAAGAUGAUGAUGAAUCGAGGAUCGAAAGUGAUUGGUUGCAUUCACAAGAACAAGGCUUUGAAGAAGAACCAUGGGUGGAUAUUACUGACGAAAUACCAGAUUUUGCAGAAAAUACACUUAACUGUAAAAUACUUUUACCUACAGACAAUAAAACACCUAUUGAAAUAUAUGAUUUAUUUGUGACCGAAGAAAUAAUUAAUAAAAUGGUGAAAGAAACGAAUGAUUAUGCAGAGAAGUACUUGGUUGAUAACGCUCAUACAAUUAAACAAAAAUCUCGUGUUAAAGCUUGGAAACCGACCAAUUUCGAAGAAAUGCGUCAAUUUUUUGGACGCGAGCGCGUUGACGCUGAGCUCGACGCCAUGCUGCGCGACGGCAUCAUCGAGUCAAUGGAACACUUCGAUUAG